AGAAGAAGACAAAAAAGAUCAACAAAACACUUUCCGUGUCAGAGAAGGGCAGAUGGUGGCGUUUUGUCUGGUUUGGUGACUGAAACCUCCUUGUGUGUGAAUAUCAUGCGGUUUGUCACGUCGCAUGUUUUCCACCGUGGCGCCGUAACAUCGCACCGUGUUUUGGAGUCGCUGCCUGAAGAUGUCUUUGCUUUUGCCGCUCAUCAGCCGUGUGUGCAGUGUGUCCAGGAGGGUGACAUGGCGAGGAUGUGACUGCGUCUGCCCGGUGCUGAGACCGCCUCCCGCCGGGCUGCCGUGUGUCCUGGCCGCGGGAAAGAGGAGCCUGCCGGAGCUCCCUGUCCUGAACGAGGACGAGCUGGAGGAGCAGUUUGUCAGAGGAUCCGGUCCUGGUGGUCAGGCCACCAAUAAAACCAGCAACUGUGUGGUGCUCAGGCACAUCCCAACUGGGAUUGUAGUAAAGUGCCAUCAGACCAGAUCUGUGGAUAUAAACCGAAAGCGGGCCCGGGACAUCAUGAGAGAGAAACUUGAUAUUGCAUAUAAAGGAGAAAACAGUGAAAUCCUCACAAGGAGGAAAGAGUCUGUACAGAAGAAACAAGAGAAGAGGAGGAAGGCGAAUGACAACCUGGAGAGAAAAAGACUGCUGAAGGAAGUGCUGGCAGACUCCAAAUCAGGCAGCGAUGUAGUUUGAAAUUAAUUUUAAAGAGUGCUGCAAAAUGAAGACAUGAAUAUAUGGAAAGCUACCCUUUUGCAUGUGUAAAUAAUUGUCUAUAAUGAGCUAACAUCCCUUUUCAUAUAUUGUCAGCACUGUAAGUAUGCAAGUAAAAAAAGUAAGUAAAGGUACUUAAAAUAACAA